GAGGCGCCGGCGCCGCGCGCCCGGGAGCGUCCAGGCACCGAUGGAGAACCAGGAGUUUUCGGCUUCGUCCGCAGUGUCCGAGGAGCGUGACACCGCGGCAGAGCAAGGCGGUUACUCUAAAAGCGUCCAGGAGUCCCUAGUACACAGGAUCCUCGAAGCAGACAAGCUGGAGGAGUGUGAGGAGCUCCAAGAACCCGAGUCGGACCAGCAAGAUGAGUUCCCAGAGCCGGACGAGUCCCGCGCGUCCCAGGAGCCCAGUGGGUCCCAGGACUACCCUGAGUCCUGCAGACCCGAUGAGUCCCAGGACUACUCUGAGUCCCAAGAGAUCAGCGCACCCCAGCACUCCAGCGAGCACAACGAGGCCCUCGAUCUCGAUCUCCGUGCUCCCUUUGAGCCUCUUGCGCCCAGCAAGCCCAGCUGCCUCCCUGACGAGCCCCGCAAGCCCCACAGGCCCCAUGCUCGCUCCCGCCGGCCCCCCAAGACCCUAGAAGUCCAGUUGCAACCCGGCGCCACUGCAGAGGUCGCCACAUCUGUGAUGACCAGCUUUUCGCCACGGAUUCCACUAGCUUCCCUGAGCGAUUCUGACCCUUGUGAAUUUGUAAGGAAAAGGUUUUUUUCUAGGAAGAGAAUUCAAGAUCUUUCUAGGCCUAAAAAAGAUUGGGGAGUCCCAGAUAGAAAAUUGUUUUGGGGUAAUCAAGAUCCUAUUGUCCCUGUUUCCCGGAGUGCUUUGAGGGCUCAGCUAACCAAAAGACUUGACAACCUUGCCCAACCCAAGGAAGUCUCCUACCGAUAUGUACCCAACAGGGCUGAAUAUUACUAUGGCUGUGGUAGAGAAUCUGUCAUCUGGGAGAUCCCUUCUCCAGCACUGCUUAGUCGACCUUCUAAAAGGAUCCAGGAACUGGCACAGCCCAACAGAUUCAAGAUAAACUAUAAAAUAAAUAGGUCCUUGAGUAAUUGCUUACCAAAAAGUUCUUUACAAAUAGCUGAUCCUUCUCCCCGGAUAUUACGACUCUCAUUAGCUAAAGAGAUAGAUCCAAACUAUGUGCCUCCAAAAAAUAUUGACACCAAGAUAUCAUUUUCUACCCUAAAUGCUAUUGCAACUCCAAGAACUAUAGACCUUGCCCAUCCAAGGAUCAAGAUAGAGGGUCUGUGCUAUGAAAGAGAAAAAAGUGAAAGGCCCAUCCGACCUAUAUCCCGUGCUGCCUUGCUAGCUAAACCUAGCCCUCGAACAGUAACUCUAGCUCAGGCCAAACCUCUUCAUCAAGAUUUUUUACCUGCCCGUGACCCCUGCUGGCAGGUAUCUCCUGCUGCUCUGCAUUCCAAAGUAUCUCCCAGGGUUCAAGAACUUGCUAGUGGAAGUAGAAGGACUCCUGUGCAUAUUGUAUAUUAUGAUCCAGAAGUCUUUAAAGUCAAGCCAGCUGCUUUGAAAGCACAGUGUUCUCCAAGGAUCCUCGAGUUGGCAGAACCUAUUACUCGUUAAUACAGACGGCUGUAUCAAUCAAGCUCUAAUUAUGUGUCUAAAACACCAGUUAGAUAGUUUAGUGACUUGCUCUGGUACAGUCAGUUUCCAUCCCUGCCCCCCAUCCUUCCCCCCGAAAUAUGUGUAACCUGCAGGAACACAUUGUGGCCAUCAAGUGCUGCUGUUACCUAUAAUCAUGUCUUUAGCAGGUUGGGGGACUCCAGCUUGCAAUAAAAGAGAAAUGAUAGUCUACCUUGUUUUCCUUACUAUCCCCUGAUAGUAAUACUAUUACAUCUUGGCUCUCUCAUUGCUAUGAUCGAUUUGAAGAGACACCACCUGAUAUUUGCCAGUGUUGCUUUUCUUUGCUCAGUGACAUUCGUGUUUCCAGUAGCUGAUCUCACCUCUUCGCCAAUAAGGCCUGAGAAUGGAUGGUGCUCCUUGUGCUGCUUUGCCAAUCUUCCCUCGUUGCCAGGACAUAACUGAAUGAAACCCUUUUGGUUUGGAAAAAGGAAAUGUUUUUAUAAUCUAUGGGUGAAACUUAGGGAGCAGGUCACCUUAGAUGAUCAUGGCUCCACCAAGCUCUGUUCCUUCAUUCAUACUCAAUGUCAUUUAUCAACAAUGACAGAAAAAAUCAUGGUGUUUGGAAUGCAUAAUU